GUCUUUUUAUCGCUGAACUGAGCGUAGCGCUAGACACCUUUUCGUGUACACAGGCCGGAGCUAUGCAGAGCCAAAUUCACAAUCCAAACCUUGCUCGGUAUGUAGUGCAAAGCUCCGACGUCAUUUCUGACCUGCGAAUCAACGUCUUUGAGGAGGGUCGCGACAAUGUCAUAUGGUACAAGGAAAGAUUUUUAGGGGACGAUGAGAUUAUUGAGCAUGUCGUCCACAAUCAAACAUCAACAAUCUGCUGGACGAUCCACAAGCCCAAGCGUGGGUGGUACAUUCGCAUCCGUGCACCAUCAUUUCCCCCUGGCGUCUCCAUAUCCCUCCUUCCUGUUCCCCGCACGUCCCCUAACCAUACAGAUGCUGCCCUGUCCUUCUCAUGUCGUACGAACGUGCCCCCUGCUGCGAUAUCCUCACCCAGCACCUCUAAGAUGUCCAUAGACAGCACAUCAACAGUGCACUCUUAUCCCCCAACACCUCCCCCAGCCUCCAUCAUGAUCACACCGCCCACACCGCAAAGCAUUAGGGCACGGUUGGAGGAAAUAUCCCCGUCGCCCAUUGCAGUACAGAAACGUGCCUCUCGUCCUCAGGCAACGCAAUUCUUGUUGGCACCGCACUCCACACCGCACAUCCCGGGACCUCAGCCAGACGAGCAGACGUCGUUCAUAACACGCGCGCUGUCGCUGUUUAAAAACAGUAGGCCUUCGCACGCGGCCUCAUUUACGAUCACGCAACUCAACCGGCCGAAUUCCCAACCGCCUGGUCCAGGUCAUCGGUUGUCCCAGAUUAUUCCGACGACCCCGACGUCCUUUUUGACCUUUCAUGAUCGCACACCGGUACUCACCGCGGCUUCGGUGACGGGUCUUCUCGAGAUUGACAGAGCAGAGGAGCGUGUAUUGGGCAUUGAUACCAGCUUUUGGAUCGCUGUUGCGUUGGCGUAUUGGGAAUUUCUGGAAGAUAGAGAGAGCUAUCUAGCCGCGGUCAGCGAUUAAACUCAAUUUCGUAUACCCAUGCCUGCUGUUCACUUGCUGUCGUCAUGCUGUAUUGUAUAAAGUCGUGCUGAUCUAUAUAGUAUAUUCCCUGCGCGAGUCCUCAGGGUCAUGUGCC